CUGAGCUCUUGUGCUCUGUGUGCACCUUCCCUUUUGAGGAGAUCGACAGAUGUGUUGAUUAUUACAAAGGUUCUCAUCAUGAGUUUCUGCUGAAUCUCUGUUCCCGUGUGAAGGACAUUGAAUUUGAAACAGGGAGAAUCCUCUUGCCUGCACUUAAACCAUUUUACCAGUCAGGUCCUGGAGAAUGGCUCAUAAACUUCAUGAAGAUAAAGGUCUCCAUCUUCCUCGAAGUGCUGAAACUUCAAAAACAGAAGAAACCAGUAGAGAUCUUCCUAUUACCAGAUGAAGAGAGAGAAGUGAAGAGUUUCAUUCAGUGUUUGCCCUACAUCUCACAGCUCAGAUUCAAUGGACAGUGUUUGUUUUUUGAUACAAGAGGAGUGUUCGAGUUCCUGCUGGAUCUGAGUGUGGCAGCAGCUGUGUCUGAUUCAGCUACAGGAGAGAGUUUCUCUGAGCUCUUGUGCUCUGUGUGCACCUUCCCUUUCGAGGAGAUCGAUAGAUGUGCUGAUUAUUUCAAUGGUUCUCAUCAUGAGUUUCUGCUGGAUCUGUGUUCCUGUGUGAAGGACAUUGAGAUUGAAACAGGAAGAAGUAUCUUGCCUGCACUUGAGCCAUUUUAUCAGUCAGGUCCUGAAGACUGGUCAAUAGACUUCAGCGCGAUAAAGGUCUCUAUUUUCCUUGAAGUGUUGAAACUCCACAAACAGAAGAAACCAGUACAGGUGUUAACAUUGCUAGAUGAAGAGAGUGAAGUGAGGAGUUUCCUUCAGUGUCUGCCAUACAUCUCACAGCUCAGAUUCCAUGUAAAGCACAUAAUAUUUCAAGAAGAAUUGUUCAACUUCCUGGUAGAUCUGAGCAUAGCAGCAGCUGAAUGUGAAGCAUCAACAGGCGAGCGUUUCUCUGAGCUAUUGUGCUCUGUGUGCAGCUACAACACAUUUUCAGUCGGGUCUCGUUAUCGCUCCAUUGAUGAAAUUAUGAAUCAGACUGAUUUCCUGUUGAAUUUUUACUCCUUCAUUAAGGAGUGUGAAAAGAAAACACACAGAUGUGUCUACCCCUUAUUCCAGUCGGUGUACCAGUCAGCUCCUGCGGUCUGGUCCAUAGAUAUUUCUCCCAGAGGCCUCCCAGAGAGAAAGGCUUCCCUCCUCGUAGAAGUGCUGAAACCCCAAACACAGAGGAAACCAGUAGAGCUGAGAGGCUGGUCAGAUGAAGAGAGUGAAGUGAGGAGUUUCCUUCAGUGUCUCCCCUAUAUCUCACAACUGAAACUCCAUCAUGACUGUGAUGGGAAGCUCUUCCUAUUGGAUUGUGCAGCUGUUGGGUCUACAGAGGAGCUGAUUCAUCUGGUUGAGUUACUGGACAACAUUGAGCUGAAACAGCACUUGUUCAGCAGUGAAUGCAGGUCUUUGGGUCGAGUGCUUAGUGUGGCCUCUAAACUGGACCUCACCCUGACACCUAAACACAUCUCUCUCAGGGGAGUUAGGCUGCUCUUCAGAGGAGUCAGUGAUCUACAUAAACUUAGGUUGAAUGUCACCAUGGUGAUGAGACUGGCCCGAGCGAUGAGGACGGGGAGAGGUUUGGCUCCAGUCUCUGUUGAGGAGCUCAGUCUGGACCUCGACAGUAAGAACUUCUCUCAGAGAGCGCUGUCCAGGGUCCUGAGCUGUCUGGCUCUCCUCCUCAGGCUCUGGACGGUCCAGUGUCUGGAUCUGACAUCUUGCAGGGUCGAAGGUCACUCUCUCAUCAUCCUGCUCUGUCAACAGGACCCUCUUAAACUCAGGCUGAGUACGGAAAAUAUGCAACAGCUGUUCAUGCUGGUGUCUGAUGUACAGGAAGUGGAUAUCAUUGAGUCCUUCCUCAACAAGGUUGGAGGAGACCUGACCUUGUGCACUUUGACCCAGGAAGUGCUUCUCCACCUGCUGCAGCAUCACUCUGGACCUGUCACCGUGGACUUCAGGAAGAUCAAGAUCACUGAGAAGAAUGUUACAGACCUCCAUCUACUGGACAGGAUACAGUUCAAGAGGCUCACCCCAGGAUUCAUCAUGUGCAUCAUCAGAGAGAUCUACCAGAGUCGUUGUCCUCAGUAUGUGAGCAGCCUGCUGAGAUCUACAGAGAACCACAUCAACCUGACCACCAGAGGCCUGGAUGCUGCUGACUGUGCUGCCCUGAGUUUCACCUUACAGCACAGCCAGGGCGUCAGACUCAACCUGAUGUGGACCUCCAUACCAGAGGGGGAGCUAGAGAGCCUCCUGCAGCUUCUCAGCAAUGUCUCUCAGCUCAGUGUUGACAGGCAGCUGCUGUUGAGGUUCCUCCACUGCUGUGAGUCCUCAGAUGUCCAGCAGGGGGCAGCAGCAGCUCUUCUUCAGGCUCUGCAGCACAGACUGGACUUCUCCUGCUCCUCUGCUAUGGACCUGACAGAAGAGACACAGGAACCACCUCUGCACCUGAGACCUGAGGACUGCAGGGUCGUCUCCAUGGUGAUCCAGAGGGUCAGCGUCGACCCUGAGCUCAUGCUGAUGGACUGUGAUGUGGAGGAGGCGGGGCUAGAACACCUAUUCUCUGUUCUAGAGGGAAUCCGUCUGAGGUGCAGUAAGGGCCAGCUGUUGCAGCUCCUGACGCUGGUGUGUGUCGGCUCUGAGAGAGAGUGUGUGAGGAGAGCCGUGUCUCUCUCCCAUGCUGUGGGUGGGGAAGUGGACCUCAGUCACACUGUGCUGGACGCUCGGGCCUGUGGAUCUCUGGCGCUGUUUCUGGAAUAUUCUGAGGGGCUGUCAGAACUGGACCUCAGCCACUGCCAGCUCACAGACCAAUGCCUGGAGCCACUGCUCCCACAUCUACACAAAAUACAGUCCCUGGAUCUCAGUAACAACAGCAUCACAGAUGAAGGGGCUCAUCUGAUCCACAAGACUGUCAAUGCAGCCACAUCCAUUCAGACCGUAAGACUCUUCAACAAUAAGAUUCGGAGAAGAGAGCUCUUCCAGGGAGAUGCACGCUUUGAGCUGUGGUGACCCUGUAGGUGUGCUGAUAUCUCCUCUGGAUUUGACCUGACGUGUUCAAUACUCACACCAUGCCAUACAAUGCACAGAAGGAAACACAAACACAUAAUAUAUCAGGGCAACGUGCUGUUGGAGACAUUUCAGGGAUGCUCAAAUCUUUCAAAUACUUUACAAUAAAUAUUUUUCAUGUUUAGAAAUGUACUUAGUCUUACUUUAUCCGUUAUGCCUUACCAUUUAUCUGAUGCUGAAUUGUGCAUAUUCUUGAAAUCCAUACUGCUGAUGUAGUUUCUGUUUUAUUCCUGGAUGGAUAGAUGAUUUUAAAGGUUUUGCAUGACAUGAUUUGUUUUCUAUUUUUUCUUUAAAAAAAAGAGAAAAAAAACCUUGCCAUGGUAAUGGUAAUGUACUGUAAAAGGAAAACAUUUAAAAUGUUGGUCCAUUUUUAGUGUAUAGGAAGACAUAUUGGUUCCUAUUAUACAAUCUUUAGUGUGUUAAGACAUUUUAUGGGUUCUAUGGGUCAGUAACUCUCAGGUAAAGAAAAUCUUUAUUUUUAUGUUUAGAAUUAUAUUUUGUUUGACCUGUUUUUAUCUGCUGUUGAUUUGAACGUAAUCAAUCUUUAUAGCCAUACUAUAAUGUACUGUAUGUUAUUUUAUUUCUGAACAAUGGUUGGAUUAUUGCAGUCUCUGCAUGUCAUGACAUUUAAAAAUCUUCCUCUCUGUUUCUUCACCACAAUGGUUAGAAUGUACUGUAUCUCAGCCAAACAUGUACUGUUGUUAUGUUAUGUUGGAAUGAUGUCAAAUAUUAUGUCAAUCAAUCAUCCAUCUGCUGAGCAGUGAUCAGUUUGUCCUCAUGAAAAUCACUUCAGUUAUGCUGAGAGGGGUUUUCAUCAGUGCCAUUACCAAUAGCUCAAAGAAGCUUUACUGUACACUCUGAUACUUGAAGUUGUAAAGGCCUAUACUAUAACAGUGUAACUUUAUGUGCCGUCAUUACUAUGUAUGGAUAGUUUAUAGAAGUAUGUUCAUUGUGAUGCAUUGUGGAUAGUGUACUGUGUUUUUACAAUGCUUUAUGGACAUGUUCACAAUAUGGAUACAGGAAUUUGGUACUUUACGGUUUACUCAUGUUACUGUUUGAUGAAACUGUAUUUAUGAUAACUUGAGUUUUGUAUCUCAAAGGUUCUGGCACAAACAUUUACAGCCACCCAGCAGAUGGUAUGAAAUGUGUAAUGAGAUCAUGUGUUUGAAUCUGAACGUUUGCCUCGGACUCGGUCUCGGACUGAACUGUGCUGCAGGACAGUAAUGGGAGUAGUUCAACAGGGAGGACAAGAUGCUCUACAGUCUUGCACUGUAGUGUACAAUGUGUAAUGUGUUUGCUACAUCAAUAAAAACAGGAGUCUUUAAUAUUCUAUGUCUACUUUGAUAGCAUGCUGCUCGUUGUCUCCAGAACCUGUUUGAUGUAGUAGAUCAUGGAGAUACAGCUACACUCAGUUCUGCAUGUCAAUAGCAAAAUCCCAAAGUCUGUCUAAGCUCAGUCAGAACCCCCUCAGACUUAACUGAGAUCCGUCGUAAGUGAUCAAGCUUGCGAGGGUGUAAGGGUUCAAAACGCUAAUAACAGAAAUGGGACU